UGCUACAGUGCUAGCGUGAGGCACACAAGAUCUUGUCAAUAUUUUGGUGCAAUUAAAGUUUUAAUAUUACCCUUAGUAAAAGUGCAGUGAACCUAGUCAUAAGUGGUAUUACAAAGGCUGGAAAAUGUUGCUAGAAAUAUAAGCUACAUGUUUCAAGGAAAAUUGAUAAAGAAAGUGAAAUAAUAGGAAUAUGUGAUACCAAUAUUUGUGGUAACUUAUUUGCGUUGUCUGAUAGUACAUUCUAUAAUAACGUUUUAAAUGCAGAAAAGUAUUUCAAUGAUGAUAAUGUGAUUGUUAAUGCAAAUAUUGCAAUACAAGAUGCAGUGCCUUAAAUAAAAUACUUAUAAGACUUUGGUGACGAAAUUUUACUCAAUACCAUCAAGUAUUAGAUCAAUUUACUUGAAGAUCGGACAAAAUGAACUACGACCAAGGUGAAUCUAGACGGGGCAGUCGAAACAGAGCCCUAGAAAGAUCUCUGAGCUACUCCGAAGCCAUAGGCAAUGGUUCAGGCAGAUCUUCAAUAGAGAUUCCCAACAACAUCGUGCAAACAGACGUCUACGCGAAUGAAGAACUGAAGAAACAAUACAGAAUAUCACAGACUUACGUAGAAGGGAAGGAGAUAGCAUUUCCUUCGGUAGUAACUAAUGUUGAUACUAAGAACCAUUUGAGGAUACCCAUAGUAGAAUCUUCACAGGACUCCUCGAUAUAUUCUAGUGAGGAUGAGCAUACAGACCCUGGUUUAGUGAUGACGAUAGAUGUGGAAGAUAAGCCCAGUAGCGCAAAAGACUCUGAUAUAACUAAGCCACUGUCUGAACAGUCUACCAUACCUAUGGCUUCGGAUACCACUACAACCAAUCACAUAUAUGAUACGAUUGAUACGAUAGAAACAUUGGAUACUCCUGACAGUAUAUUUGAUGGACGAGACACUACGUAUGGACCGUCAGCUCAUGCGUAUUCUACUCCUUAUAGUCGGAGGAAAAGGAAGAGGACUCAUAGACAACGGCACGGUAGACCGAACAGAUCCAGGCGAGUGGUGCUGAAGUCAGGCGAGGAGAACGUCCCGGUGCGGAGCAACAUUUCUGCCAAGUCCAUCAAGUAUAUGAGGGAUAUUGUUACCACUGUUAUCAACAGCAAAUGGCGUUUCAUCCUCCUGAUGAUGGUGGCUGCCCACUUCAUCUUCUGGCUGAUCUUCGCGGCCAUCUGGUACGCGGUGUCCACCUCGUACGCGGAGGACAUCGGCGAUGGGAAGGAACACUGCGUCACCGGCACCAAGUCCUUCGCUGGACUGCUCAUGAUGUCGGUGGAAACUCAGAUGACCAUUGGAUAUGGAACUCGGUUCCCGAAUGAAGAAUGUCCUGAAGCUAUCAUCAUCAUGGUCUUGGAGAUAGUAGCCGGCACCGCUCUCUCGGGUGGUCUCUCAAGUUUGCUGUUCACAAAACUGAUCAGACCGAACCGACAUGUGAAUUCCGUUGGUUUUAGUAGGAAAGCCGCGGUCUGCCGCCGUGACGGAGAGCUCUGCCUGCAGUUCCGAGUGUGGGACCUGAUGAACGUGCACAUCAUCGGCAGCACCAUCACCGCCUACAUGCUCAAACCUAUCAGGACCCUGGAAGGAGAGCUGGUGCACAACUACAUGCACCAGCUGGAGCUGAAGGAGUCGCGCGCGUUCCUGCUGUGGCCCAUCACGGUGGUGCACGUCAUCAACCGACGGAGCCCGCUCUACGACUUCUCCGCCCAGGACAUGAUGGACUACAGGUUCGAGAUCGUGGUCUGCCUGACAGGUGCCUCGAAGAACAUGGGCACCACCACACAGAGUCGAACCUCGUACCUCUCCAAGGAGAUAAUGUGGGGGUACAGGUUCAAGAACGUUGUGCACUACAGCAAGAAGGAGGAAGCCUACAAGAUUGACGAGGAGAACCUCAACACAGUCGAACAGGUGGAGACUCCUCUCUGCAGCGCCAGCUACAUGAAGGACUUGGAAGAGGACUUGAAGGCUUCCACCAACAUCCUCUGUACUCCGAACAUGUCUGCCUCUCCCACUGAUCUCUCUCUUCCCGAGGACUCUUCUACUCUCUCUCGACAGGGAGACUCCAUCCCUUCGUCUCCUUCUCUUAAUAGAACGGGAACUCAAAGAAGUUUCGGAUGGAACUUCAAGAGAUUUAGGCCGGAGAAGUAUUUGAAGACUUUGGAGAAGAAAGAGUAGAUAGAAGAUAUAUAGGAUAUUAAAAGCUUUCCGGACUAUAAUUUUACCUAAGCUAUAAAAUAUUUGAAAUUGUACCUGCAUAGGUUUAGCAGUUUUGUGUGAUAAAGUAACAUAAACUUUUGUAUAUUUUUUAACAGUAAGAUUGAUUACUCUUUGUGUUACAAAAGGUACAAGGCAGACAUUAAUCUGCUUCUCGAUCGUUUGCUUCAUGUCUGAAAGUCAAGUUCUUGAACGGCUUUCAUUGCAUUCUGUGUGGUUCCCCUCUAUCUUAUCCUCCAAGGGCUUUAGUAAAAGAGAGUUCAGUGUGAGUAGCAACUUGAUCACACCAUCGGCUGAGAGAUCGGCCACGUGAUCUUUUUCCUUCCAUUUUACCAAUAACAACUAAUUUGUCGAGGUGAUCUGAUUGGUAUCAAUGUGACCCAAAACGAAAUACCUAGGAAGGCAUUAACAUAAACUAUACUAAUAUUAUAAAGCUGAAGAUUUUGUUUGUUUGAACGCGUUAAUCUUUGGAACUACUGGUCCGAAUUGAAUAAUUAUUUUCGUGUUGGAUAGUGUAUUUAUCGAGGAAGGCUAUAGGCUAUAAAACAUCACGCUAUGACCAAUAGGAGCCGAGCGGAGCGGGUGAAACCGCGCGGAAGUAGCUAGUAUAUAAUAUACCUGGAUAAUCUAGAUAUUGCUCAAAAUAACUAUAUGUACCUACCUGUAUGUUUUAUUUCUAUACAAACAUAUUAUAAUCUAGUCGUAAAAGUAGGUAUUAAAAUAGUAAAUUCAUAGACAAACCUAUUGUAAGCAUUUUAAUCGGUGUAAUCAAUUUAUAGUACUACGAUUAGGUUACAUUGUAAUAUUAUUUACUGUGUUGAAUUUUUCGCCUAUAAUAAAUAUAUCGCAUAUUUAAUUUACAAUAAUAUCUUGGUAUUAUUUUCCGCUAGACAAGCAUAGCGGGAGAAACCACGCCUGUGUCACUAGUUAAAAAUAUGGCAAACAAAGAAAGUUCUUUGAUUAACCUUCCUUUUUAAUUAAUAACAUCUUGUAUAUAAAUAAACCGAUAAAUAAAAAUACCGUUA